CAUUUUAGUAACUUUUUGUUUAAAAAGAAACAUGAGUAAGUUUUUUCAAACGUCCAGUCUCUCCUCUCACACUCCCAUUUCCCCAAAUCUGAAAAUUAGAAUCCUGAAUCGCUGCGUCGCCAUCCCCGAAUUUUCAUAGCGUCUUUUUCCUCUGCUCGCUUCGCCAUUCUCCAUGGAUGCAGUAUCGUCUCCAUGCCCUUCUACCCCUCAAUGGAACUACGACAGACCUUUCCUCACCGGCCAAUUUCACCAGGACUCAAAGGGGCAUUCAGUGGAUAUAGGUUUGGAAUCUGAGAAGCCGAUAGGUUGCUACAAUGCUUCUGUUCAGGAACUGAUUGUAAUUGAUGAUCUUCUAUCUGCUUUAGUUGGGAUUGAGGGACGAUAUAUUUCUAUCAAUAGAGUUGGAGGGAAUGAUGACUUCUUUAUCUUCAAUGUUGAUGGAUCUAUGGAUUUGGCACUUCAGGAAUCAUCGAAAAGAAUAUUCCCUUUAUGCAAGAGCUAUUUGAUUAUCAAUCAGUUUGUGGAAUCAAGAUCACAGUUCAAGUCUGGAUUAGUUAAUCAUGCCUUUGCUGCUGCACUACGAGCCCUCCUUUUGGAUUAUCAAGCCAUGGUGGCACAGCUUGAACAUCAGUUUCGACUAGGAAGACUCUCAAUACAAGGAUUAUGGUUCUAUUGUCAGCCAAUGAUGGGAUCAAUGCAAGCAUUGUCAACAGUAAUAAGAAAGGCAUCAGCAAGUAAUUUUGUGGGAUCAGCAGUUCUUAACCUUUUACAAAGUCAGGCCAAGGUAAUGGCUGGUAACUAUUUGGUGAGAUCAUUGCUUGAGAAGAUGAUAGAGUCUGCAAAUUCUGCUUAUCUUGGCAUACUUGAAAGGUGGGUGUAUGAAGGAGUUAUUGAUGAUCCUCAUGAUGAGUUCUUCAUUGCUGAAAACAAAUCUCUCCAAAAAGAGAGUCUGACCGAAGAUUAUGAUGCUAUGUAUUGGAGACAAAGAUACAGUUUGAAAGAUGAUAUUCCUUCUUUCCUUGCAAAUUCAGCUGAAACCAUUUUAACAACAGGGAAAUCUUUGAAUGUCAUGAGGGAAUGCGGCCACACUGUUCAGGUGCCUGCAUUGGAGAAUUCAAAAUUGAUGAACUUUGGGUCGAAUGAUCACUAUCUUGAAUGCAUAAAAUCUGCUUAUGAUUUUGCAAGUGGCGAAUUACUAAAUCUCAUGAAGGACAAGUAUGACCUCAUUGGAAAGCUGCGUUCUAUUAAGCAUUAUCUUCUUCUGGAUCAGGGUGAUUUCUUGGUUCAUUUUAUGGAUAUUGCACGUGAUGAACUUGAUAAAACACCAAAUGAGAUCUCUGUUGAGAAGCUUCAGUCUCUGUUGGACCUUGCACUGCGUUCGACAGCAGCAGCAGCAGAUCCUUUGCAUGAAGAUGUCACAUGUUCUGUGGACACAGGUUCUUUGUUAAAAAGGCUGAGCAUCCUGAAAGAUCUUCAAACAGGUGGAGGUGGUGGUGGUGGUGAGUCAGUUUCAGAUGCUGAUGUUUUAGAAGAAGAGCCCUUGAUCACUGGUAUGGAAACCUUCUCUGUUAAUUACAAGGUUCAAUGGCCAUUAUCCCUUGUGAUAUCAAGAAAAGCUCUGACAAAAUAUCAAUUAAUUUUUCGAUUUCUGUUUCAUUGCAAACACGUUCACAGACAGCUUUGUGCAGCUUGGCAACUACAUCAAGGUGCACGUGCACGUGAUAUGCAUGGAACUGCAAUCUCUACAUCAUCAAUACUAUGCAGGAAUAUGCUUAAAUUUAUAAAUAGCCUUCUACAUUAUCUAACCUUUGAGGUUCUUGAACCAAAUUGGCAUGUUAUGCAUAAUAAACUUGAGAAUGCAAAGAGCAUAGAUGAGGUAAUCCAAUAUCAUGACUUUUUCAUGGAGAAGUGUCUCAAGGAAUGUUCACUUCUUUCUCCAAUCCUCCUCAAGAAAUUUGAGAAACUGAAACUUGUAUGCCUUCAAUAUGCUUCUGCAACUCAGUGGCUAAUGAGCUCCAUUGAAGCUCCCGAUUCAAACAGUUCCUUUGAUGAUUUGGAUUCAUCUUCCGUGGAAAAUGUAAAGGUUUUGAAGCUAAGAAAGUCUUCCAAAAAACCAAAUUCACCCACAGAUGAGGCUACAGUUAUCGAAUGUGUCCUGAAAUUUGAGAGGGAGUUCAGUAGUGAGCUGGAGAGUUUAAGGCCGAUAUUGAGCAGCAGGGCACAAGCAGAACCAUAUUUGACUCAUCUUGCACAGUUGAUUCUUGGUGUUGGAAGUAGGGUUUUACUGAGAGAAACGAAGGUAAAACCCAAUGGCUGUCGAAUCAAAUCAGAGGUUCACCAUGAGUCAUCUGAAGAAUACGACUCUGAAGAAUACGAAGAUGAUGAAGAGGUGCUCGAUACUGAGCACAUAGAUGUGGAAAUGGAAGAAGUUGAUUUCAAGACACAGGGUAAAGAGAGAUGCAAGGAUGCUUUCCUUAACUUCAGUUCUGAUUAUGAAGAUAAUGAAGCCGAUGAAGACAAUGACUUAGUUGAUGAAGAUGAAGAAGGGUUUGGUUCAGAAGAGGAAAUCGAUGACACUGCAGGGGCUAAUGAUCUUGAUUUGGGAGAUGCGGUUGGUGCAAGCUUCCCUAUUCACGACCCAUCAGUUAAGUGGAAUAAGAUGAAGCCCCUUCCUAGUGAAAGGUAUGAAUCACCACAUCAGUUGCAACAAUGUCUCACUAAUUAUGCUAUUAAGUCAGGGUAUAACAUUAAAUUUGCGAAGUGUGACACUGUGAGCUUAACUGCCAAAUGUGGUUCUAAGAUGAAGUCUCAACCCUGCCCAUUCAGAUUUCAUGCUUCCUGGAUGACUCAACAAAGAACAAGGUGUAGAGCAAUGACCAUUAUAGAUGGUAAACUCACAGAACAUUAUGCUAGGGUGUGGGACUAUUGUCAUGAGUUACUAAGGUCAAAUCCUGGUAGCACUGUCCAAGUUGGUGUCACUGUAAAUCUAGAUCAAACAACAUACUUUCACAGGAUGUAUUUGUGUUUUAAAGCAAUCAAGGAAGGUUGGAAAAUAGGGUGUCGUAGGGUAAUUGGUCUAGAUGGAUCUUUCUUGAAAGGGACAUGUAAAGGAGAAUUACUCACAGCAAUAGGGAGGGAUGCAAACAACCAAGUUUAUCCAAUUGCUUGGGCAGUUGUUGACAUUGAAAACAAAGCUAAUUGGAAAUGGUUUCUGGAACUGCUCACAGAGGAUCUUAAUCUGCUAUAUGGAGGAGGGUUUACUGUACUUUCUGAUCAACAUAAGGGAUUGCUUGAAGCAACCAAGGAAAUCCUACCAAAUGUGGAGCAUAGACAGUGUGCAAGACACAUAUAUGCUAACUUUAGGAAGACCUAUUUUGGAGUGGAGUUCAAGAAUAUGUUCUGGGCAGCUUCCUUAUCAACUGUAGAGAGUGAAUUUCUGAGGAAAAUGGAUGAUAUAAAAGAGGUUAAUCCAAAUGCUUAUGAACAUUUGAUUGCAAGACAUCCUCACACAUGGUGCAGGGCAUUUUUUAGGACUGAUGUAACAUGUGAGGCAGUUGAAAAUGACAUAGCAGAGUGCUUCAACGCCAUCAUAUUGGAUGUUAGAAAGAAACCCCUUCUAGCAAUGUUUGAAAAAAAUUAG